CUGACCAGAGACACUCAGGUGAAAAGAGACUAGCUUAAGAAAACAAAAGAGAGUCUAAAAAGAGUCUAGGGUUUUAACAAGAGAGGUUAGACAACUGCAUCUACAAACUUCCACAUAGCACAAGAUUCAGUUAGGCCCUUUGAAAUGUGGCUCCAAGUGUCCCUCUUCAGUUUGUCCUGCUUACUUCUGUCAAUCCAAACCCAGGCUCAAGAUCGAGCCUCCCUCCACCGCUCCAAUGACCCCUCUGGACGUUGCCAUUACACCUUUACUGUGGCCAGUCCACAAGAGUCCAGCUGCCCUGGAAGCAACAGCGAGAUGGAUAGAGUCUUGUCCAGGCUCACCCUGCUCGAAGCUUUGGUCAGCCGUCUCCUAGCAGGAGUAGACCAAGGCACCAUGACUGGGGUUGGAGCUAAAAGAGAAGAAGGUCUCCAGGAAGCUUAUUCCCAGGUUACAGGGGAAAGAAACCAGCUGCAGCAGGAUAAGGAGCGUCUAAACAGGCAGAUCCAGGAGCUGCAGAGGAGGUUGGCUGAGCUGAGCCAGGAGGCAGAAAGCCUCAGGCAGAAACCCUGCCAGCAGACGCUCACCUCAUUGGACACUCAGCAUGAAAACAGACCAGCCAAUGAUCACGGAUAUGACUUUGGGAACAGUGGAUAUCAGGAGAUGAAAGCUGAAGUGACAGAGAUCUCUGCAUCCCACCUCUUCCAUGAAGGAAGUCACAACUUCACAGGUUGUGGAGAGUUGGUGUCAGUGGGAGAUCCUGUGUCACACAGGAAAGCUGAGAGUAUCACAGGGAAGUAUGGUGUGUGGAUGCAGGAUCCAGAGCCUCAAGGCCCUCACUACACCAACAACACUGUGUGGCGUAUUGAUGCAGUGGGUAGAGAUGUGCGUCACCUCUUUGCAUACGAAGACAUGGAUCAGUUCUCCCGAGGUCUCCCAAUGAAGGUGCUGGUUUUGCCAGAGCCUGUGGAGAGCACAGGGGCAACUGUGUACCGAGGCUCCCUUUACUAUCAGCGAAGACUCAGUCGGACACUGAUUCGCUACGACCUGGCUUCUGAAUAUCUGGCAACCCGCAUGGACCUGCCUCAGGCUGGGUUCCAUGGCCAGCACCCUUAUUCCUGGGGGGGCUACACUGACAUUGACCUAGCAGUGGAUGAAAAGGGUCUGUGGGCCAUCUACAGUACAAGUAAAGCAAGGGGUGCAAUUGUAAUUUCGCAGCUGAACCCCGAGAGCUUGGAGGUGAAGAAGACCUGGGAGACUAAUAUUAAGAAGAACUCAGUGGCUAACGCUUUCAUGGUGUGUGGACGUUUGUACACAGUGGCUAGCUACACUGUUCCCAACACCACCCUCAACUUUGUGUUUGAUACAGCCACUGGUGUGGGACAAGCUGUGUCAGUGCCCUUCAAAAACAAGUACAGUUACAACAGCAUGGUGGACUACAACCACGCUGAGAGGAAGCUGUAUGCCUGGGACAACUUCCACAUGGUCACCUAUGACAUCAGACUGGGCAGGGCCAGCCAUGGCAGGAGCUAGAGAGGACACAGAGAAGGACUGCUGUUGGCAGGACUGAUGCAACAACAAGUGAUAGAGAUGAAAUAAAAAAUCAUUUCAGGUGCUCUGUCAAGGCUUUGCUAUCAAUGUGUUUUGAAUUUUACAGCCUUUCUGUGGCAUUAGUAUCAUAAAUAAGGAGCGGCAUAAAAACAAAGAACUAUUCAUACAGUAAAGCUGUUCAGUGUGGUUAUGUCAUAUUGUUACUUAUGGCUUGUGAAAUAGAAUUGUAAUCUGCAAAUGUUAUUUUUUAUUUAAGAUAUAAAUUUAUGAAAUAAAGUUUUUGUUUUCUGGAUUGCAUUUUGAAAAUGUAGUCACAACCAAGCAGUCAUGUCCUCAGCCGCCGAAGCCACAAACUGCAGCGUUCCAACUGCAGACAAGGCUGCCUCAAAAAGCAAGUUAGUCCUCAUAGACUACAGUGGUUACAAUACCUAAAUUUAGAGCUGACUGUGCUGUGGCUCUCAGAUUUACUGCUUUUUGUAGAUGUACACAACUGAAUUCAGCAGGAUGUAAUCCAAUAUUUCACAAGCCAUCUUGGCUGAUUUCCAUCCUCUACACUGACAGCAUACUCUUCAGAAUAACUUUAUAUUAGACCUGGUUAGCAUAAAGGUGGAAUUCAAAGAAUGAACCUAAGUAUUAUCAGCUCAAAUUCAAAUUAUUUUCUGCUACACUUGUAAUCUAAUACAGAGCAUGAACACCACACCCCUGUGCAACAGUCCGAUACAGGGCUUUAUUGUAAAUUUGUUUUGUGGGAUGUUUCACAAAAUGAAAAAAAACCCCACAACUUCACAUCAUACAGAUCCAGUAUCUGCUUUAAAAAACCAAGCACAUUUCCUGUUCAUCAAAUGCCCCUGAGCAGUUCUAACCUUUAAAUAUAACUGCUCUUCUUCUCCUAUCUAUUUUAUAUUUCUUCAUCUCUGAGUGAAGUCAGCUGUUAUUCUUUUCACUACCCCGUGAAAUACAGCAGCAGGAUGUUUAGCUAGCAACACACUGUGACAACAGUCCACACACUUGAUCUGAUAGAAAUGCUACAUUUCAAAUUACCUGACACUUUAAUAAAA